AUUAUGCGACUAACUUAUCUAGAAAGUUUUUUAUGACUUUCUUCUUUGUUGCAGAAUUGUUCUUGACUCCUGCAACAUUAGCAGUCGACUUGUACAGGAUCUGGAACUAUACAAGUUUGAGUGCAUUUUUGAGCAGCUGAAACUUUUUGCAUCUCUUGUACCUUAUAUUCAAGCGAAAGAGAGCCGAGAGGAAUCCAAGGGAAUUGAUGAUUUCAUAGAAGUGGAGUCAAGAUUUAUCCAGCUGCUACAUGUUGGAAUGUUGCAAUUAGAGGUGAUGGCAGCGAAAAGUUUUGAAAAUCUUGAUAGCGAUACGGGACAGCGUUCGCCUCUUCUGGAAAUUAGGUGCAAAAAUGAUCUCUUAAAGGUUUGGGCGUGCUCGGACUCGAUCUGCUUAAUAGUUAAUGCAAUUGCCGAAUUGCUAGAUGCGCAAGGAGCGGAGCAAGCGCAUAAUGCACAGGUGCCAAGUAGUGCUGCAUAUGAUGUGGAAAAUGGAAAAGAGCAUUCUGCGGACGAACAAAGGGCCGAUUUUGAGGCGUCAGUAGCACAGACGGAACGAGAUGGACGAAAUGAACAUGCGACUGGAAAUGCUACUUAUUCCCAAGAAACGCUUACGGGGAAAACGAACUUGUUAUCGGAUGCAUUGUUGGAUUUGAGUGAUACGCGAGCAGAUCUGACUGAUACGGAGGAGAGGCGCAGUCGCAGGGAAUCUUUCGGACAAAUCGAGUCAGACGAGGAAUUCUGUGUUGUUGAUAAAAUUCCGGGAAGUGGAAUUACAGCUCCUGGUGGUAAACCGCGGGCCCGAUUUUUGUUCGAUGAUGACCCUCCCAUUACAGUCGAUAAUUAUUUGAAAAGAAUCGAUGAUCGGUCUGAAAAAACGGUGCUUUUGGCCGCGGAGGACAGUCGUACCCCGCUUGUCAGAUAUGUGGUCAGUGAUGUGUCGCUGGAGCUGCACCUUUAUGGUGGCACUGAUUUUGGCACUUCAAAGCCACCUUCCAAACCGUAUUCGAUGUCGACUAGCGGGAGAAUCCGUCGUGACAACUGUCCUGCGGGUGGCUGUUACAGAGAUUAUUCUGCUCAUGUUGAAUUACAGCUUUCAAAAGUGAAAUUUUUGUUUGAAAUAUACGAAGAUGAUGCACCUAUAUCUUCGACCAGGCUGUUUACGAUUGAAAGGAUGGAAAUAAUGGAUAGAAUGAUGGCAUCAAAAAUUAACAAGCUUCUUUAUCCGUACGUGUGCGAUCAGUCGUUCCCUCGUCGCUCUCAUUCACCGGUAUUUUCCCUUCGCGUAUGUGAAACGGCGCAGAAUGAAGGCAGAAUGAAAGUAUCGUUGAUGCCUUUACGCAUUAAUGCUGAUCAGGACACGCUUGAGUUCUUGGAGGAUUAUUUGAAUGACUUAUCUGCCGGUGUGCAUCUUUUGCAUCCAGGAGAAGUGGAGAUGCCAGAGAAGCCACUUCUGGAAAUGUGUGGUAACGAAGACACUCACUUUGUACAGCAUGCUUUUGUGAAUGCAGUGUUACACACUGUUUCACCAAGUGUGCAUAAUGCAAAUGCCCAACCGACAACAUGCGAAUCCAAAACGAGCAGCGAUCAGCAGCAGCGUAUGGAUUCGGGUUUAGAACCAGAUCUUCUCAAUAUUUAUAUGGACGAUAAUAGCAGUGCAGAUGAAAGCGAUCGCGAGAAUGUAGCAGUGGGCAAGCCGUCCGGUUCAGCGGCCGAUCUCUUCGAUGACAGUGGCCCCGUAUCAGGUGAUAUCAUGGAGUUGAUGCAUUCCUCUAGUGAGCCACAUUCUUCGACGGCCGUUUUAUAUCAGUACAACAGGGGAACAGCGAAUGCCGAGCAGUUUCAAACAAGUCGUCGCAGUGAUUUGUCGCCACCAGUGCCGAAGGGAACAAAUGAAAAUUUGUUGGGUGGUGUAUGUCGAGACGAAGAGAGUGACGCUAUUACAACAUCUUCUGCGGUGUUGUCACAGCAGAGCCAGCAACAGCAUGCAAAAGCCGCAUCGGUGAGCAAUGGGCGCAGAGCAGAUUCACUUGCCAAAGGGAAGAUAUAUUUUGUUGAGUUCACUUUUUCGCCAUCCACGGUAAUUCGUUUGGACUUGAGUGGCAAGCGUGUGCGCUCUGAUCGUGGAUGGAUUGUUGGGUUUGUGCUCGGAUUGAGCGACUUUAAAUGCACUGAAAUACGUUUGAAGGAACUGCAUUGUAGCCGUGGCCUUCUCGGCUAUGAUCGCUGUGCUAAAUUUGCACUCGAUGCUUGGUUAAAAGAUAUCAACAACAAGCAGUUAAUGCAGUUCAUCACAUCAUAUGCUCCGAUAAAAUCGCUCGUGGAACUUGGCCUUGGAAUUCGGGACUUGUUUUUAAUGCCCGUUCAAGAAUACCGUCGAGAGGAGGGUCACGUUGUUAAAGGGCUGCAGAAAGGCGCCGAAAGUUUUGGGCUUUCCACAGCAACAGCAACGGUGGACGUCUUGCAAAAAAUGGUUGGAGUUGUGCAGGGUGUAGCCGAGUUAGCGUUUGAUAUCGUUUCGCCGGAUUCUCCAGCUGUUCGAUAUCGCCGGAGGAUGAUCGGCUAUUCGGCAAGUCGACCUCCCAGUGACAUCAGGGAUGGCUUUAAUAUGGCAUAUGAAGCAAUGAGACAGGAAGUACGUGAUACGGCAUAUGUGCUGCAUUUGGCCGCUCAGGAAGAUAGGGCAUGUGGCUAUUGGGCUGUACGUGGCCUUCUUCGGCAUGCAACGCCUACUGUUAUAAGACCUAUUGUCGCUAUGAGCAGAGCAACAGCACACAUUCUGAGUGGCUUGAGAAAUCAAAUGAAGCCGAUCAGCCACAAGUUCGUAUGA